AACGUUUCCUCUUGCUUUGGAUGUUGGCUCUGGAAGAGGUUACAUAGCUCAACACUUAACAAAGGAAACCAUUGAAAAACUUAUUCAAGUUGAUAUUGCAGAGAAUGCUUUAAAAAAUGCUGUAGAAUCUGAAAUCCCUACGGUCAGUGUUGUAGCUGAUGAGGAAUUCCUUCCCUUCAGAGAAGACACCUUUGAUCUUGUUCUUAGCAGCUUAAGUUUACACUGGGUGAAUGACCUUCCUAAAGCUUUUAGAGAGAUUCACCAGGUUCUUAAGCCAGAUGGAGUAUUCAUUGGUGCAAUGUUUGGGGGAGACACUCUGUAUGAGCUUCGCUGCUCUUUGCAGCUAGCAGAAUUGGAGAGAGAAGGGGGAUUUUCUCCUCACGUGUCACCAUUCACUGCUGUCUCCGAUUUGGGACAUCUGCUGUCGAGAGCUGGCUUCAACACCCUCACUGUGGAUACUGAUGAAAUUCAGGUCAACUAUCCAGGGUUGUUUGAGGUUAUGGAAGACUUGCAAGGUAUGGGGGAGAGUAAUUGCUCUUGGAAUAGAAAACCUCUGCUGCACAGGGAGACAAUGUUGGCAGCUGCUGCGAUAUACCGAGAAAUGUACGGAAAUAGUGACGGCUCAGUACCUGCCACGUUUCAGAUCUACUACAUGAUUGGCUGGAAAUUCCAUGAAUCACAGGCAAGACCAGCUCAGAGAGGUUCUGCAACAGUUUCAUUUGGAGAUCUGGCAAAAAUAGAUGGACUUCUUUCAAGAGGAAAAAAAUAG